UGGUGCUGGGGGCAGAUGUACCCACCCCGCCGGGGCCGCUGUGAUGCUGCCCGUUCAGGCGGUGCUCGCCCGCCGCGGGUGGGGUCCUUCGCGGCCCAUAUCCCGGAAGGCAGCGCGGCCGCUCUCUCUUUCGCCGCCAUCUUGGUUCGCAGCCGUGGGGGCCUGCUGGGACCAGGGCUUCAGGAGGACACCAUGACCGGGAGGCUGUGGUGCAAGGCCACUUUUGCUGGCUACAAACGUGGCCUCCGAAACCAGCGGGAGCACACUGCCCUUCUGAAAAUUGAAGGUGUCUAUGCACGUCAGGAGACAGACUUCUACUUGGGCAAGAAGUGUGCCUAUGUAUACAAAGCUAAAAACAACACCGUAACCCCCGGUGGCAAACCCAACAGGACACGAGUGAUCUGGGGGAAGGUAACGCGUGCCCAUGGGAACAGUGGCAUGGUUCGUGCCAAGUUCCGUUCCAACCUUCCUGCCAAGGCCAUUGGACACAGAAUCCGGGUGGUAAGUGGAUUUAUUUUAGCAGUAAGGUAUUUAUUGACAGUUUUCGGGGUGCAUUUUAAUUCUACAUAGUAUGAAGGAAGAGCU